CUUCGAUCAAGCAUUUUAAAGAAUUUUGGCGCGCCAGAAUCUGACAAAUUGCAAUUGAUGGCAGAUCAAUGUCAUGAAUUUCUGAAAGAAUCUCGCCACUGGACAGGCAAGGACCUGGACAAGCACAGGACAAGCGCCCAUUUUUUCGAAAGGACAUCGCGGUGGGUGCUAGCAAGCGUCUGUCUGCAAGUGGUGGCGGCCAUCUCCAGUGGCAGAGUUGAACCGUUCACUAAUACAAUUGUCGCCUUCCCCGCUGCGUCGGCACAGAGCAUCAGCACCUUUGAAGUCCAAGAAAGUCGUCACAGAAUUUGAAGCAAGUUUAUUAAAGAGCUAAACUUGUUCGUUGUCGAUGGAGCUACUUGUCGAUCUUCCUUCCCGAGGCAACUUUGUGCACGCUGGCCCACCAGUCCAGGGUGCUCCAUCCCUAUAUGUAUGUGAUCAUGACACUCAAGCCCCAGAUGACCAGAUUAUAACCACAGACCCGACGAAUAUCCUGAUACGAGCUCUGACGCUGCGGAAAGAUGUGAAAGGCCGAGCGAAGGGCGGUGGCGGAAUUGCAGAUGCUCGGAAAGGCAAGACCAAAGACGGGGGCGAUGCGAAAGGCAAACGAGUCGCUGACCGGCAACCGGAGGGGAAGCAGAGUGCAAAAAGGCAAAACAUUGGCAGCAGUAGAGAAGAGACCAAUGGCGCAUCACCUGGAGGUUAUUACACGGAACAAGAGUUGCAGUCUUUCACUGUUGAGAGACUAAAAACUCUGCUGAAAGAGCAUGGCUACCCUCUGAAAGGAAGGAAGGACGAACUCGUUAAUCGAGCGAUGCAGAUAAAGAAGUAGGCAACCGAUACUAUCAGUCGCUCGAGUAGUGUAAGAUACUUGAAAGUCUAUGAAUUUUGUACAGAAGCUCGCUAUCUUUGUUGCCGUUCUGAAUGAGUGUCGACGGUGUCAAUUCAUGCUUUCAUUUCUGGGUCUCUGGAGUGCAUUCGUUGUACUUUUGCCCACAUGUUGACAGCAAUACAAAGCUGACGAGGCCGCUAAUGUUCUUUGACUUCAGCGCGAAUCGAUCGAGA